AUGGAAUCCGUUGUUGAGACGGUUUCCUCCUCCGCCGCCUGGGUGAUUGGCGUGACCCUGGCUAUCGCCAACGCCUCGUUCGCAUGGGUCUCUGCCUGGAUCCCGGUUUUGUUGGUCUUCGACAUGGCCGCGACCUCGUGGUGGGUCUGUCAUUCUUUGGCGACCAUGUUCUUCAUCCCUGCCCUCCAAGAUCAACCUGCCUGGGCCGCUUUCGUCCCGAUCUCUCGUGACCUCGCCACUGCCUACGCCCUCUUGGUUGUUUACGUCUUCGUCCUCUUUCACACAGCUGGCUGCCUGGUGUCCCUCUGGUGGUAUUCGUACUGCAUUAUACGACGAGGGUACCGGAUCCCGAGAGGAGCUGUCACCCGCCGAAAGGUGGUUAUGCAGACCCUGGCCGACGCCGACGAUUCCCGGUACUGGUUCGACCUGGGGUUCCGACCCAACCUCUGCCUUCGCUGCUCCCGUAACGCCGACUUGGAAGGUGGGGAGGGCCCUGGGUCGAUACUGGACCGGAUGUACCACGGCACGACGAACAAGGGGGUGGACUUGGGGUGCAUCGCGCUCUUUGACCACUAUUGUUGGUGGUUGUGGUGUCCGGUCUCCUUGGAGACUCAGAAGCCAUACCUGCUCUUUAUGGGUUGGGUUGUGGUCUUCCACCUUUACUCUUUGGGGGUUCUCUGCUGGCCUCUGGCGUCCUUUGGAACCAGGUGGUCGCUGCCCCCUGCUGUCGUGGCUGCCGGAGCCCUUCCCUUCGUAUUCCUGUGGGUGAAGAAGGCGCCAUUCCGGGGUCAAUGGGUUAACCAGGGACUUCGGAACCAGACGCACAAAGAGACGACGGCGUAUAUCCGGAACCUCCCCCAGCAGGCAUGGCCGAUGGGGAUUGCCGGGCCUAACGGCUUGGAGCAUGUGACGGUUGGAUUUAACCCGUGGGAUCUCGGCGCAAUGGGAAACCUGCGCGCGGUGCUAGGCGACAGCAUCUGGGAGUGGCCUUUCUUCUGGCGUACCCCUCGCAGGGUGCGUGAAUUCGGUGCUCACCCCGAUUGGGAUCUCCCUUUCGGACCUCGGUGGGGCCAGUUCAUGGAAGAUCGUGCUCUGGUUGUACCAGUUGGGGGUCUACCGGAUGGCAUUAGCCUCGCUCCUCUUCCUCCCGCCCUCCGCAACGACAUUUCGCGGCGCCGACGCAUUUGGAGUUCGGAGGAUUAG